AUGAUCCGCAUCGAAAAAUACGUCACAGCGAGGGCCAGAUUACCCUUCAUUAUCGAAAAUUGGAUCGAACUAUGCCUCGGGGUCUUAGUGAUUCUGCUUCGACUCUACUCUCGAGCCAAGGUGGUGGGCAUCAGAAAAUGGCAAGCGGACGACUUCAUGAGCAUCAUUGCGCUUUUUCUCUGGAUUUCAGAGGUGACGAUGUUCAAGCUCAUUGUCCACCUUGGAACUAAUACCGGCCUUACCGACGAGGAGAGAGCCUCGAUCAGUGUGAAAGAGACGCACGAGCGGAUGCUUGGAACCCAGUUCCUUCUGGUCGGCUGGAUGCUCUAUGUGACCCUCCUCUGGGUGCUGAAGGCUUGCAUGUUGUGCUUCUUUGACCGUCUGACCAUUGGUCUCCCCAGGCAAAAGUUCGUCAAGUACGCCGCGGGCUUCUGCUUUUGUGCUUACAUCGCCGCGAUGAUGACCAUCCUUCUGCACUGCAUCCCGCUCGACCGAUUAUGGCAGAUCUAUCCCAAUCCGGGCUGUAAGCUGUCAGCCCUCAAGACGGAUGCCAUCCUGCUGUUAAUCCCGAUUCCUUUAUUGGUCCGAGUGCGACUCCCAAUGCGACGCAAACUAAUGGCCGGCCUGCUGCUCUGCGGAGGUAUAUUUGUGAUGAUCGCCGCCCUGCUACGGUGCUUUCUCUCUCUCUGGAUGAUUGACAGCGUGAAUGCAAGCAACGUGUGGGGGGUACGCGAGACCUUCAUUGCCGUCAUCGCCGUCAAUGUGCCCUGUAUCAAGCCGCUGUUCGGCAGGUCUGCCUCGCAUGGGGAAUGGUCGAUGGAUCCGUCGACAGGGAAAGGUGGAGCCGCCGCCAGCCACAGGCUGAACGUGUUUAACAAGUCAACGGAGGGGCAGGCUAGCCGGAGACGAUCUGGUGGCGAGCUUAUCUUGAAGGAUAGCCGAACUCAGUUUGGGUAUGAGAUUCAGGGAGGGAUAGACCAGGGGAUGAACGAGGAGGCGGGUCGAGACAUGACUGGCAAGAGUGGGAUCCAAGUGACGAGGGUGUACGAGUCCAGUCCAGGAAUGCUGGGUGGAAUGCCCCCAGUGUCUGCGCCCGGCGAUAACCGCGGACCUACUUAA